UCCAAUUUAUCGUUUCAACUUCCAAUCACAUGUGGGAGAAGUUGGAACCCUUGCGAGGGCUCUCUUUCUCUACAUUCUCCCACCGCGAGGGCUCUCUUUGCUCUGCAACCAUAUAUACUGUUUUGUAGUUCGUUAGGAUUUAAUCCAUCUCCUAAGUUCUCGUCUUCUCCACUUUGGUUUCGACAAUCAGAGCUUUAAUUUGGUUACUGAUAAUUUCACGAAAAAUGGACUCAGAUGGAGACGAUUACGUGUUCUAUGGAACACCGAUAGAGCGGGAGGAAGAAAUCAGCAGCCGUAAGAAGAAAGCUGUGGCCGAGUCCUCUGGUCACCUCCGAAGCCUCCCUGUUUGGAAGCAAGAGGUUACAGAUGAAGAAGGGCGACGAAGAUUUCAUGGAGCAUUUACAGGAGGGUUUUCUGCUGGUUAUUACAAUACUGUGGGGUCCGAAAAGGGGUGGGCUCCACAGUCAUUUGUAUCAUCCCGAAAGAAUAGAGCUGAAGUCAAGCAGCAGAGCAUUUUGAACUUUUUAGAUGAAGACGAAAAAACUGAAUUGGACAGUCAAUCACUUGGGACAUCUAUGCAGUUCGAUACAUUUGGAUUUACAGCUGCAGAACUUGCUCGUAAACAAGCUGAAAAGGAACGACAACAAAGGCCAUCAGCUAUUCCUGGGCCUGUUCCUGAUGAAAUAAUUCUUCCAGUCACAGAGUCUAUUGGUGUAAAAUUGUUGCUAAAGAUGGGAUGGCGACAUGGUCACUCAAUUAAAAAUUCCCAUGCGAACUCACAAUAUGAUGCUCGGAGAGAAGCUCGUAAAGCUUUCUUGGCCUUUUCUUCUGAUGAUGCAAAAGCUCAGCUUGCUGAAUCUGAGCCUGUCAAGGGCAACAUUGAAAGUUCUACGGAACAGCCUGCUAAUGAUGAUGUUCUGUCAUAUGAAAGCACACCUGUUUACGUGCUCAAUCCAAAGCAGGACUUGCAUGGUCUAGGUUUUGAUCCUUAUAAGCAUGCUCCUGAGUUUAGGGAAAAGAAAAGAUCUCGUAUAUCUGGGAAGGAGCCUGGAAAUCGAAAAGCAUACAUGGCCAAAGAUAAUCUUUUUGGUUUCAAGUCAGGAAAUGUUGCUCCUGGUUUUGGCAUUGGAGCACUUGAAGAACUUGAUGCUGAAGACGAGGAUGUCUAUGACUCUGGUUUGGACCUCGUGGAUACUUAUGUUCAAGAAGUUGAAGAGCCAUCUGGAUUGAUCACAGACAGUAAACAAAAGUUGGUUGCAAAGGAGCAUGGUGUUCUGCCUGGCUUUAGAGUUGCAUCAAAUUCUGAGCAACAGUUGGAACGGUUUGAUGCUCCUGUAAUUCCAAAAGAUUUUGUACCCCACCACAAGUUUCCUGGUCCUCUUGAGACAAACUACAAGCUUGCUGAUUCUCCUCCACAAGAGGUCCUUCCUCCAGAGGAUAAUAAUCUGAAACUCUUAAUUGAAGGGGUUGCAACUUUAGUAGCUCGAUGUGGUAAAUUAUUUGAGGAUCUCUCCAGAGAGAAGAAUCAGUCAAAUCCGUUAUUUAAUUUUCUUACUGGAGGAAAUGGCCAUGAUUACUAUACAAGGAAGCUUUGGGAGGAGCGGCAGAAACGUACCAGUCAAAGCAAGCAGCAACUGGAUGGAAAGUUGUCUUUGAGUACACAGAGGAUGACAGCAGAGAGCCGUGGUAAAAUUUUAGGGGAAAGGCCUUUGGAGAGAAGCACUAAAGAUUUGGGUUCAUCCGUUGCAUCUGCAGAAGUCAUUCAACUUCAAUUCAAUCUUUCAGAUACAUUUACAAAGCCUGCAUCAUUCAGUGGGUUGCCUGAAGUUAUGAAGCCUUUCAACGAUGACCCUGUAAAGCAAGAAAGAUUUGAGCAGUUUCUCAAGGCAAAGUAUCAAGGAGGGCUUCGCUCUACUGAUUCAAGUGGAGCUAGUAAUAUGUCAGAAGCAGCACGUGCUCAUGAAAGAUUAGACUUUGAGGCUGCAGCUGAAGCAAUACAGAAAGGACAAUGGGGUAAAGAAAGCAAGUUCUCUCCACAGCAGUUUGUGGAGUUUUCAGCAAAUGGAGGGAUGCAGUUCACUUCUGGUGGACUAGAGCAAGUCAAGGAUUCUGAAGCUGAGGAUCUGGUAAUGAAGAAAUUGUUCCCAAAACGUGAAGAAUGCCAGUGGCGCCCUUCACCUGUCCUAUGCAAGCGCUUCGAUCUCAUUGAUCCAUAUAUGGGGAAGCCACCCCCCGCUCCACGGAUGAGGAGCAAGAUCGAUACUCUUAUUUUUACAUCAGAUUCUGUCAAAUCAACAAAAGUGGAAGAGACUCCAACUGCAAAUAGAGACUCGCACCCUACUACACCCCAGUUUGACGUUCAAGGAAUAAGGCAAGACGCGUCUAGCAAGGAAAUUGAAGUUGAGGUGGAAGUUGAAAAUGUUGAGAGGCCAGUUGACCUGUACAAGGCUAUUUUCUCUGAUGAUUCAGAUGAUGAAGGGGAAAGCAUCAGUCUAAACAAAGUUGAGGAUCCAGGAAAGAAGAUUGAAGCAGCUACUACGACGUUAAACCGCUUAAUUGCUGGUGACUUUCUGGAAUCCUUGGGUAAAGAACUAGGCCUAGAAGUUCCCCCUGAAAUGCCCUACUCAACAAACAAGGAUGCAGGAGAUGCCAAUAUCCUUCUGGUCCAAAAUAAGCCUUCUUCCACUCCUAUAAGCAGGACUCGUGUAGAUCGUGAGGAACCUCAUGAUCAGGAGAUUGCUCAAGAUGGCAGGUCUGGGAAAACUGAGCUCAUUCAUGGUAACUCAGACAGAACUGGUAGUAGUAUAUAUAUGGAGACCGGUUCAUCUGGGAAGAAAUUUGACAAAGUCAAUCCAGAAAAGCUUGCUCAAGAAAAUAAGAAAGCUAGAACACCCUCAGGCCGUCACCAGAAUUGGAAUGACGGUUCAUCAUCCGAAGAUGAAAGGAGUAGAAAGUUGUCUGGGAAACAUCGGCAUAGAAGCAGUGGUUCAGAUAGUGAUUCAUCAAUUGAUCAUCGAGAUCGACAUCAUUCUAGGUCAAAAGGGAGAAAGAAGGAAUCGUCUCGAGAGAAAAGCAAUAGCAGCAGAAGACACUCGAAACAUCAUAAGCGGAGAAGCGGGGAUUCUCCAGCCAGAUCUCGACAUGAAAGCAGAAGAGAGCACGGAGAAGCCAAGAGAGAAAAACGCAAAAACAGGGUUUGAGAGCAUCAAGGUUCUGUUUCCUUGCACUCGGAAUGAUGGCCAUGGAGGAGGAGGCAGCCUAAUAGCUCACUUGAUAAGAGUGCUUUUAUUAUCUUGCACUGCUUGUGAAGCUUCAUUUAGAAGAUUUUUUGUUUCUCAAGGUGAGAUAUAGGGCUUUCCGAUAAUGUUACUCAAACACACCGCAAUUGAAAUUUACGAAUGCUUGGAAAGAG